UUUUGAUAACUCCGAUAACUAAAAAUUCGUUCAUUUACAAUUUUUUUUACUACGGUAAUGAAUUAAAUCGUGUCCGAAGUGAUUAAUGAAUACUUUUCCAUCGUCGAUUUCGAUUCAUUAAUUAAAUCCACAUUUCCACCUCGUUGUCGAAUCAUCGUACUUUCAAUUCCUUCUCUUAUGAGCCGAGCUACCGAGAAAAUUACCCAGUGAAAAAUUCGAUCGAGCCCACCACCUCAAGACGUCUCAACUGCCCAACAUGAACUUUGUCUUUUAAAUUAGCUAAAGUUUCGAUACAAUGGAAGAUAAAGAUAAGGAAUAUAUAUUUAGGUGGGGUCUUUCUCUUCAAGACUUGUACUCAGUCGCGUUGAAAUUCUUCAAAGAAAAAGAAGGCAGUGCUAUUCAAUUCUCGUACGAAGAAAAAUGUAAACUGAUCGCUUUCACUAGGCAAGUAGCUCAUGGAAAGUAUAACGAAGAUAAACUGCCUCCUUUGGGUGUUCUGGAUGUAAUCGGACGAGAUCGUCGCCUGGCUUGGCAAGCCUUGGGUGAUAUGUCUCCUAGAGAUGCGAUGGCCGGAUUCAUACAGUUGAUUGAUAAGCGAUGUUUACAUUUUAAUGCCUUCGUUCAAGCGCAAAAAGCUACGAUGGAGGAGCAAAAAAGAUUAUCGGACGAAAAAAAGAAAAAAGAAAUAGAAGAGAUUAAACUCAAAGAAGAAGAACGAGCAGGCAAAGAGAAAAUAAAACAUCAAGAAGAAAUUACAAGACGUCAAAUACAAGAUGCUCUGAAUCAACAAACAUAUCACCAGUUUAAAUCCUACGCCGAGCAACAAUUUCCUGGAAAUCCCGAACAGCAAGCUGUCCUCAUACGUCAGCUACAAGAUCAACACUAUCAUCAGUACAUGUUACAAUUGCAACAGCAACAAAAACAACAACAGAAGGAAGCCUUCAGCGACAGCGAAGAGAAAGAAAAAAAUUCUCCGGAGAUUAUUCUCGAAGGCGAAGGUGCCAAUACUAUAAUGAAUCCUGAAUCAGUUUCUAGAAUCAUUAGCGACGGUAACAGUGAUACUGAGGAUAGCGAAAGUGGAGUAACUUUGGUUCAUCCUGCUUCGAUGUGGACCAGAAAAGAUAUACAGGAAUUCAAGAACCAAGUUCGAAAAGAAGGUGCUGAUACGAUAAUGAAAGUGGGACAUGGAGAAACCGUCACAGUUCGAGUACCGACUCACGAAGGUGGAUCUUGCUUAUUCUGGGAAUUCGCCACCGAUAGUUACGAUAUAGGAUUCGGUAUCUAUUUCGAAUGGGAGAAACCUCUAACUAAAGAAGUCUCUGUACAUAUUUCCGAAACCGAAGACGAAGAUAGCGAUGAUCUAAUGGAUGACGAACAAGAACUCAACGACGGAGAUUUAGAACGAGCCCGAGCCAGUCAGCGAUCUCGAUCAUCGAAUAAGCCACCGACAUCGGUCAUUGUGCCAAUUUACCGAAGAGACUGUCACGAAGAAGUAUACGCCGGAAGCCAUCCGUAUCCCGGAGAGGGGGUCUAUUUACUUAAAUUCGAUAACUCGUAUAGCCUCUGGAGAUCUAAGACACUCUAUUAUAGAAUUUAUUACACACGUUGAGAGCGCAGAAGACAUUUUUUUUUCACGUUGAAAUAAAACAUACGAAAAAUUGGCCAAAGAAACGAUCAAUAUUUUUACGUUGUACUUAUUUACGAGGUAUUGGUAUCGAACAAAUUCCAAUCACGUUAUUAAGUUACCAAACGGUUCUUAUCAUUCGGUUAACGAGUUACCUUUUGUAUUUUUCGUUUGAGGGAUUCUCUCGUCUUCUUCACUUGUUCGUCGUUAAUUGUUUUGUUUUUUUUUUUCAUUUUUAUUAUUUUUUUUUCUACUCCGUAGAGCAAGUAUUUAUUCUCGUCGACUCGCAUGUCGCGUUGGUAGCCUAAUUAUUGAAUAGUUGAUUGUUGAAAUUUCGGAAGAGUUGAUUUAAAUAUCAUUUUUUAUGUACCUACUACCUACCUAUUAGACUUACGUGUAAUAAAUAUCUUAAGUACAUUUUUUUUAGGUAUUUACGUCUUGUAAAUUACUACAUACAUAUUUCCCUCGCUCUGUCUACGCCUCUCUCCCUCUCUUCUCUCUCGUGUUUGAAUUUUUCGUCGAGUAUUUGUUUAAAACACUGAUGAAUUGGUGCACUGUAAGAUGGAAAAAAUAUGCUUUACACCGUUUGUUAACUUAUAUAUCUCGAUGUCUUAAUACGACAUUCCUAUUUAUUUAAUAUUUCCUUCGACUGAGAUGUUCGUAUUUAUAUAUUUUAAAUAUAUGUACGUACGAUUGA